UAACCCUUUCUCGAAUUUCUAGGGUUUUGGUUCUUUAAUUGUUCAAGCAUCAUCCCCUUUUCCCUUGAAGUAAUUUCACUGGCCCUUUUUUCUAUAGAAUUCAAACACCAUCAAUCUUAGGCCUUUUUAACUUUUGGGGGUUGGGUGGCAGAAUUUUGUUAGAAAAAUGAGCACUGCUACUUUCAGUUCAAUUUGUUUCAAUCAAGGUUUUUUACGAAAGGAUGAAGCGAAGAUUAGGAAUCAAAGAGUAAAGCCUAUUGUAGGAGGAUCCUUUGUAUUAUCAGCAAAAUGCAUGCAAUCUUCAGAAAAGAACAAAAAGGAAGUCCACAUUGGUCUUCUUGGUGCUAGUGGUUAUACUGGAGCUGAGAUUGUUCGGCUCCUAGCUAACCAUCCCUACUUCGGUAUUACAUUGAUGACUGCUGAUAGAAAAGCCGGCCAAUCUAUGGGCUCAGUGUUUCCUCAUUUGGCAACACAAGAUCUGCCGACUCUGGUUUCGGUUAAGGAUGCAGACUUUUCCAAUGUGGAUGCUGUGUUCUGUUGUUUGCCUCAUGGAACCACACAGGAAAUCAUCAAAGGCCUUCCCAGCCAUUUGAAGAUUGUUGAUCUUUCUGCAGACUUUCGACUGAGAGAUAUUGCCGAGUAUGAGGAAUGGUAUGGUCAACCACAUAGUGCUACGGACUUGCAGAAAGAAGCUGUUUAUGGCUUGACAGAGAUUUUACGAGAGGAAGUAAAAAGUGCACGCCUAGUUGCUAAUCCUGGUUGCUAUCCGACAUCAAUUCAGCUUCCACUUGUUCCCUUGAUAAAGGCUAAACUCAUUGACCAUGGAAACAUCAUUAUUGAUGCAAAAUCUGGUGUGAGUGGAGCAGGACGCGGAUCCAAAGAAGCAAAUUUAUACUCUGAAAUAGCUGAAGGCAUAUAUUCCUAUGGUGUUACAAGACAUCGCCAUGCUCCAGAAAUAGAACAGGGACUAUCUGAUGCUGCACAAUCAAGAAUAACCGUUAGUUUCACACCGCACCUAAUGCCAAUGAUCCGUGGAAUGCAAUCAACAAUAUAUGUAGAAAUGUCUAAAGGAGUUACGAUUGAGGAUUUAUACCAGCAAUUAAGAAAAUGUUACAAGGAUGAAGAAUUUGUGAAGGUGUUAGACAAGGGAGUUGUGCCUCGCACUCAUAACAUUCGAGGUUCUAACUAUUGUUUAAUGAACAUCUUUUCUGAUCGAAUACCUGGAAGAGCAAUAAUCAUAUCAGUUAUCGAUAAUCUGGUGAAGGGAGCUUCGGGUCAAGCACUACAAAACCUUAAUAUAAUGCUUGGUUUUCCAGAGACUACAGGACUUCUCUACCAGCCCCUGUUUCCAUGACACAUAUUAUCUUUUUCACCCUUCUAAAGUGGUUUCAAAGCAUCCAAUUUGUUUUGAAGGGCUCCUGCCAUGUUUUGUUGGGAAAUGAGUUGUUAGAUGCUAAGAUGAGCUAAAUUUUCUUUCUAGUGUUAUGCCAUUGAAAAAAAUAAUAAUUAAGAUGAUGUUGUAUCUAUG